AUGAAUGGAAUGGAUGCCAUAGAUGGCUCGGGAACUAUUGAUCCCGCGAACUUGAGCAACUCCGUCUCUGUUGCCCUACCAGCACAUUCCCAUGCAAUAGCAAGCCCCCGUGGUAUCAAGCGUAGUCGCACUCCAGAACACGGUGGGAAUGGACAUGCCGAAGGGGAUCAGGAUGAUGAGGAACAAAGUCGUCGGAAACGCGGUCGUCCCCCAAAGACGCCUCGGGCCAGUUCCAGUGAACAGCCGCUCGCAAAUACCCCCAUUCAAACCCCUCAAAUGCAAGCACGCCCCCUACCUCAAGCAACCGCCGGGUCGCCGCCUCUUGCAUCACCGGAUAACAAAAGCACCCCGACAAAAACGCUAGUCAAAGCGCUCCCUACUGUGAGGGAUCACACUUCGGACCAAUUAAAUGAAGAGGGUGAUGAGUAUAUCCCCAAGGAGUUUGAUGAAGCAGGAGAGACCAAGGCAGAUCCUAUGGGAUACCCGCAGGGUGGUCGUGAAUAUAAAUGUCGGACAUUCCGCGUUCCCCUCCGGGGUACCAAGCUUUUCAUGCUUGCGACUGAAUGUGCGAGGGUAUUGAACUAUCGUGAUUCGUAUCUUUUGUUCAACAAGAACCGAUCUUUGCAUAAAAUCAUUGCUUCCCAAAUUGAGAAGGACGAUCUUAUUCAACAAGAUAUCCUGCCCUAUUCCUAUCGAUCUCGCCAAAUCGCUAUCGUCUCUGCUAGAUCCAUGUUCCGACAGUUUGGGAGCCGGGUGAUCGUGAAUGGCCGUCGAGUUCGAGAUGACUACUGGGAGAGCAAGGCAAGGAAGCAAGGCUUCACAGAGGAUGACCUAGCGGGUGAAAAGCGUCCUGGGGCAGCAAAGGCCCGAGAUGGUUCUAUCUCUGAGCCGGCGACGAACUUGUUGCCAGCAUUGCCUCAUAACGAUGUUGUUUACAGUAGUACCAUCGAGCCGUUGCCUCAUGGGCUCUCGCUGGAUACCGGUGACACAUCUGCUUCCCUGGCACCACUCCCCAUGAUUCACAUGGCGACCACAGAUGACCCACGGCUGCGGGAUUAUACCGCGAUGCCUCGUGCGCGCCAAGAAAUGACGGGACAACCCUACCAUGACCGCACACAAACCAGUUCAGCAGCCGACCUCAUCAAUCAGGCCCAGCAUACUUCUGAUUUCAACAAAAUGUUGAGCAUUCAACGUAACUUCCGCCAGAAAGGUCUGGAUGAAUUCUACUCCAAGCCUCGUGAGGCCCCAGUUUCAGAGGAUCAGUCCAGUACCACUCUUGACUCGGGUUUGUCUGUUUCACAGCCUGUUCAGGUAUCACAGAUUGCUCCUGUGGGUAUGCCAAAUCCUGCUCAUCAUACGCAGCAUAUGCUGCCCCAGCAAGUUCCGAUGCAGCCUAAUCAAAUGAUGGCGGCGCAACCAAACUAUGCUCAACAGGUUCAUGCACAGUCCGUCGGACAGUCUCCCCUGAGAGUCCCGCCAAACAUGCAGCCCAAUCUUAUGCAGCAGCGAUCCAACCCAUCCAUGGCUGGUGGUGGUAUGGGUCAGGCCUCUCCAUACGGGUAUCCGUCGCAACAGCAGCAAAUUUGGGGGCGCCGCCGCCGCAGCCACAGCCUUCCCCGUUGCCUUCAUCGGGCCACCAGGGCGUUAAUGUCCGCACCUCCGCAACAAAGUCCAUCCCCGCUUGGUCACCAUCCCCAGCAGCAGCAGCAGCAACAUCACCACCAGUCUCCUCGCAAUCAACAGCGCCAGUCAAUACCUCAAAUGCCUCAGCAGUUCUCUCAGAUGCAGCACCCCCAAGCCGCCCAGCCUCAAGGUAUGCAGGGCAUGGGAUAUCCAGGAGGCACCCCGGCGGGUUAUCCGGGCAUGCAACGGGCUAUGUAUCCACCCAACCAGGCACCAGUUGGCCAAGGCUUCAUGGGAGGCAACCCUCAACAAGGGGGGCUUGCGAUGAAUAUGGGAGGCGGUGGUAUGCCUGGGUGGCCUGCAGGGCCUGGCGGACAAAUGCAACCGGGACAACCUCAAUCCGGCCAGUCUGGCAGCCCAUUGGGAGGUGGAUGGUCCUACUAG